AUGACCAGCGUACUCAAGGGCGGCUUCGGCUCGCCAAACAGUGCGCCUCUGGGAGGCCCCAAUCCGGGCACCGAGUUUGUCAACACCAUUUGCCCGCUCAAGGGUGCUCUCGACGGCUACGACAAUUCCCUGCCAUGCAGCAGGCAGACCAUCCCCGUCCCCACCAACUUCCGCGAUGCCAUGGCUGUCCGUGAGGUCGUCUUUGGCGAGCAGGGUGUUCCGCUCGAAGCCGAGUUCGACGAGGACGAUGCCCGCAGCUGGCAUUGGGUUGCCUAUGCCUCCGUCGCUACACACUCGACAUCACCACCCAAGGUGCUGCGCCGUGCUGACUCGGGCAACACGCCUGCCGAUGACGCCCGCCGCGCAUCUGCUACUGCUACGCGCGUGCCAGUUGCGACGAUCCGACUGAUUCCCCCGCCCCACGGCCCGAACAAGUACGUCCAACACCACGAAACAGACAAGCAUCCCGACGCAGAUCCCCCGGCCCACGACCAGGAGCACAAACAGCCAGCGGAGCCCUAUAUCAAGCUUGGCAGGCUCGCUGUACUUGCUCCUUACCGCAGUCUCGGUCUUGCGAAGCUGCUCAUCAACGCGGCGCUCGACUACGCCACAGCGAACCCCGACUUGAUCUACCGUCCUCCGUCUCCCACCGCAUUGGAGAUGGCCCAAAUACUUGGCCACCAAAAAGAGAGGGAAAUCACAUGGCAGGGUCUUGUUAUGAUCCACGCACAAGCAAACCUACAGUCCAUGUGGGAGAAGCACGGUUUUCAUGAGCAGCUCAGGAACGAAGACUGUCAUGUCGAGAUAGAUGCCGAACCUCAUUGGUUCGAAGAGGGCAUUGAACAUGUCGGCAUGUGGAAGCGACUCCCAAUCGAAAAGCGCAAGAGGCUGUCUCUAUCCUCUCUCGACUCUGCUUGA